AUGGCCCGCAUUGCAACCUGCGUCCUCCUUGUCGUCGCACUCGCUGCACUCUCCAAGUCUGCAAUGGCCUACGACGGCGCCUUUGCUGUGUUCACCGACGGCGCAUGCGCUGGACAGAUGGUGGAAAUGCAACCCACCACCAACAACGUCUGCGUUCAGAGCGCGAAUCUUGGCAACUACCUCAAGUUGAACAUCAUCUCCAGCACUCAGCUGACGUACAGUGUCAACUGCAAUGCAGGCUGUGCAGCAUGUGCCACCACGAACACGGCCAACUUUGGCGCCUGCGUUCCCAUCACUACUGGCAAGUGGGUCAAAGUGAACACUCUCAAACACACGUCGUUGACUGUCAAUUCGUACACCAGCACUGGCACCUGCAGCAGCACUGGCACCAACACUGUUCAAACUGUGAAUAGCGGAGCUUGCGUUGCUCAAACUGGAGGUUCAGCACUGUUUAUGCAAGCGGUGGAUCUCGGCAACAGCAAAGUUUGGUACAACUUGUACUGCGGGACAGCCUGCACCGCCUGCCGUGGCAUCGGCCAUACCCCUUCGGACACUUGCAGCAACAUCAAUCCUGGCAUGUCCACUUCAAUCCACAUCAACAGCUCGGCGUCACUCACCGCGUCCGUCACCUUGAUCGGACUCGCUGUUGCUGUCCUGUCUGCUUUUUCCAUUCUUGCUUAA